AUGGGCAGCCCUUCCGAACACUUCAUCGGCUCGAUCGAUCAGGGCACGACGAGUUCGCGAUUCCUCAUCUUCAACAAGGCCGGCGAACCCGUGGCUUCACAUCAGUUGGAGUUCAAGCAGAUUUAUCCGCAUCCUGGCUGGCACGAACAUGACCCUCUGGAGAUCAUUUCGUCGGUUGAGCAGUGUAUCGACGGCGCAGUCAAGCAAUUCGAAACCCAAGGCCACAGUGCCCAGUCAAUCAAGGCCAUCGGGAUCACCAACCAGCGUGAAACGACCGUCCUAUGGAACAAGGAAACCGGCGAGCCGCUCUACAACGCAAUCGUCUGGACCGACACGCGGCAUCAGAACCUCGUGCGGAAGCUGAAGCAGCGCCUAGGCGCCGACCAGCUGAUCGAGCUCGCGGGUGUCCCGCUCUCCACAUACCCUUCGGUCGGCAAAUUGCUUUGGCUGCUCGAGAACGAGGCCAAAGUCAAGGAGGCGUAUGAAAAGGGCGUGUUAGCUUUCGGCACCAUCGACACCUGGCUCGUGUACAAGCUCAACGGAGGCCCCAAGAAGAACGUCUUCGUCUCGGACCCCUCGAACGCCUCGCGCACCAUGUUCAUGAACCUACGCACGCUCGACUAUGACGAGUCUUUGCUCGACUUUUUCCGCAUAGAUACCUCCAAGCUCGCGCUCCCCAAGAUCGUCCACUCCUCCGACCCCGAAGCCUACGGCUUCCUGGCGUCCACCGUCCUCAAGGGCGUCCCCAUCACAGGCUGCCUAGGCGACCAGUCCGCCGCGCUCGUCGGGCAGAAGGGCUUCACGCCAGGCCUGGCCAAGAACACCUACGGCACGGGCUCCUUCAUCUUAUACAACGUGGGCGAAACGCCCGUGAUCUCCAAAUCGGGCCUCUUGACGACCGUGGCGUACGACUUCGGUGGGGGCACAAAGCCGAACUACGCCCUCGAGGGCUCCAUCGCCGUGGCCGGCUCGAGCGUGAAAUUCCUCGUCGACAAUUUUAAAUUCAUCGACAAGUCGUCCGAGAUCAGCCAGCUGGCCGAGACGGUCGACGACAACGGCGGCGUCACCUUUGUGACGGCCUUUUCGGGCCUCUUUGCGCCCUACUGGAUCGACGACGCGCGGGGCACCAUCUUCGGCAUCACCGCGUACACGCAGCGCGGGCACAUCGCGCGCGCCACGCUCGAGGCCACGUGUUUCCAGACAAAGGCCAUCCUCGUGGCCAUGGAGAAGGACUCGGGCCACGCGCUUGCGGAACUCGCCGUCGACGGCGGCAUGUGCAAUUCGGACCUCACCAUGCAGACGCAGGCCGAUUUGAUCGGCAUCCCGGUCAAGAGGCCGGCCAUGCGCGAGACCACCGCGCUAGGCGCCGCCAUUGCCGCGGGCCUGGCCGUUGGGGUGUGGGACAGCAUCGACGAGCUCAAGCAGGUCAAUACCGAGGGGUCGACGAGUUUUCAGCCCAAGAUCUCCAAGGAGGAUGGCGACAAGAGAUUCGCACAGUGGGAGAAGGCCGUGCAGAUGAGUAAGGGCUGGGCAAAUUGA